CCCUGCAGCCGCAGACAUGUUGAUGCCUAAGAAGAACGGGAUUGCCAUUUAUGAACUCCUUUUUAAGGAGGGAGUCAUGGUGGCCAAGAAGGAUGUCCACAUGCCUAAGCACCCAGAGCUGGCAGACAAGAAUGUGCCCAACCUUCAUGUCAUGAAGGCCAUGCAGUCUCUCAAGUGCCGAGGCUACGUGAAAGAACACUUUGCCUGGAGACAUUUCUACUGGCACCUUACCAAUGAGGGUAUCCAGUAUCUCCGUGAUUACCUUCAUCUGCCCCCGGAGAUUGUGCCUGCCACCCUACGCCGCAGCCGUCCAGAGACUGGCAGGCCUCGGCCUAAAGGUCUGUAUGUGAGGAGUGCUGUGCUACCUGGUGCCGACAAGAAAGCCGAGGCUGGGGCUGGGUCAGCAACCGAAUUCUAGUUUAGAGGCGGAUUUGGUUGUGGACGUGGUCAGCCACCUCAGUAAAAUUGGAGAGGAUUCUUUUGCAUUGAAUAAAUUUACAGCCAAAAAAAAAAAAAAAAAGAA